CUGUCGCAAUCCAGUGCAGAUAUACGUGCAAUUACCCUGUCAACAGUGCUUAAAAUCUCUUCUCUGGUGCUCGUGGCGUUGCUCCGCGCACGGUGAUCGAUAACCGAUCGAUCGAUCGAUCGAUCCUCUUUCGUAUAGUCGCGCGUUGGCGUUCACGCUGCACGCGCGAACGCCGCUACUGCGUUCUCGCGCGUCUCGCGGGCCACGUGAAAAGGAAAAAUUAAACGUCGAAUCGCGCCGUCCUGGCGGUUCGCCGCGAUUCGAAUUGCCGCUGUCGCCACCGCCGCCGCGAUUCUCCGCCAGUGUAGCCUCGCGAUCAGUCGGCACAGCACGCCGCGCACGGUGAGUUUGACGUCUCGACGUUCACGGAGAUAACCGGUGUGGUGAGACCACGGUUCCGUACCGGGGAUAACGGGGGGGUGGCGUGUUCAACGCCCGCUCCGAGUACCAUGACUAUCUCGUGAGACUGGUGUAAAUCAGUUCUCGGUUGCACGCUGCCAGAGAGAUCCUCCAUGCUUUCCUCCACGCUUUCGUAACUCCGACGCGAGGAAAAAAAAAAGGGGAAACGCAAACACGGUUCGCGAGUGGUGUGCGUCCGAAAAUUGUGCGAACGAAAGGGAGAAAGACCAGUGAGAGAAACUCGAGGGAGAGAAACGCGGAUUCGAGAUGACUCGCCACCUGUGGCUAAGAGCGGCACUCGCUUUCCUCGUGAUGUCAGGUGCGAGCUGCCUGCGGAAUGUCAGCCUAGAAGUAGUUCCUGAGGUGGUGCAACGUGGUCAGAAGGUGAUUCUCCGCUGCCAUUACGAUCUCGAGAACGCUCCUCUUUACUCCCUCAAGUGGUACCGUGGCAGGCACGAGUUCUAUCGUUACACGCCCAGCGAGGAGCCGGCCACAAAAGUCUUCAACAUCACCGGUAUUUACGUUGACGACGGGAACUCGAACAAGAGCCAGGUAACGCUGCGCGACGUCGACUUCGCCCUCUCGGGUACGUUCAGCUGCGAAGUUACAGCGGACGCGCCGACUUUCUCCACGGCCUACGUCUCCAAGAAUCUCACGGUAGUGUCUCUACCCGAGGGCACGCCCAUUAUCGUAUCGGAACGCGAACGUUACGGUGUCGGAGACACUUUGAGGGCAAAUUGUAGCUUACCACCGUCGAAGCCACCGGCUCAUCUCUCAUUCACCCUGAACAACGCGGCGAUGGAAUCGUACACGAAUCAUCAAGAACAGCUGUAUCGCAACGACGCUACUUCGCCGCACACUGAUCAGACAGAGAAUCUUCAGUGGAUCCAGAUCAAGAUAAUCCUUCAACCGUUCCAUUUCGUGAACGACCAGCUGAAUUUACGAUGCAGUGCCCAGAUUUUAGGCAUAUAUUCGGCGAUAAGCGAGGUGCAGCUCAUCGCUGGACUGAGUGAACCGGUGCCAGAGAGAGUGACCUCCGAGAACGGAAGCGAGACACCUACGGCCAUCUAUUUGACGAUGCUGAUGCUGUGUAUGCUCCAGCUGUUCCUGAGAUAGUCACGAUACGCCUGAGGCUGCGGGAAGGGAGUCCAUGGGCGUCGCAUGAUAAACAGCGCACUAGUCAAAAGGAGAGGCAGGAGAAAAUGGAAGGAGGGUAGUUUAAGGGCUGGCCGAACCGGCGGCGGGAAACCAAAUAACAAUACUGUUGAAUCGGCAUUGGUAUCACGUGUUUUUUUAGCAUAUUCGGUUCCGGUUUCGUUCGCGGAGGAACGAUCGCGAAAAUACCAUCGCUUUCAUUGUUAACACUCGUCUACGUCGUACAUACGUCCCCGAUAAACGAUCGUUCAACAAGAUCGAGACGAUGCCUGGACACUACACGGUUUAUUGAUACGCUUAUCUCGACUUGUAUCGGAUAAUACGAACGCGAUUUAUUCGAGAACAAUUCGUCGUGAACCGAAGUUUCUCGAUUCGAUAUAUUAUUAGGCUGAUGUUCACUUGAUAGCUCAGAAUGGGGUCGGUAAUUUUUGCGUUUAGUGCACUGACAUCGACAUUACACGAGUAGCAAAAUUAACAUAUACCAAACGUCAUUUUGUCAAAAUUUAGACUGGAAAUUUAUCGUAUUGUGUAUUACUUGAUGAAGUAAUAUAAGAAAAAGAUGUUGGACGUAUAAAAUGUAAUACAAUCGAAGAAACUUCAGUUAUAAGACAUCAAUUUAUCCUUUAACUUAGAGACAUCCAUGUUUUUAUCAUUACUUUGUGUAAUAAAUAUUCAGACUUGUUUCAAAGAUAAGCACUCUAAAAGUACUUUAAAGGUUCACAUUUAGGUAAGAAGAUUCAGCAGGAAUUCAUUGAAUUAAUCAUCGACUGAAAAUUCAGCAAUAUCGUUACCGUAGUUAAGGAUUACGUUUAACCUACAUACGUCAAGAUUAUUCUAAUAUCGCAUGAUGUGCUACUAAAUGAACAACAGUCUGAGUACGAGCUCCUCGCUAUGGCAAAGACAGUUGUAAUCUAAUUCGUGUUCGAUCGACAUACUGCUCAAAUAAAUUCCGUGUCUGUAAAGUAACGAGCAACCGACUGAUCCGUUCGAGGACAAGGUCGAGAGCUAGCUUUGAAGUGAAAUCGUUUGCUUACGUAUCGCGUUUCCGCUUCAAAGGAUCCCUGUCACAGAUAUUCUCUUCCGGUUCCUAUCGACGAACGCAGCUGUACAGAGAAGAACACGUAAUUGGCAAGAGAUCGAGAGCCUGACUGGAGAAAUGUAAAAUUCCGAACAAGGUACAGUAGCUCACGAAAAUAUUUGGAUACUCGCUAUAAUAGAAAAUAAUUCAUUGUAAAGCACGGCUUAAAAUUUCAUUAGCGUUGUAACGAGACACGACUGUCACGAAUUGCCAGAGACAAUUAAAAAUUGCGAAGUACGAACAGCUAUCUUCAACAUGUCACAAAAGAUAUUACAUUUAAUACUUGGAGCUUACUUGAAUUGUUUAAAUACUUCCAUACAUAAUACUUGUGCAAAUUUAUAUAUUUUUACGAGCAUUAAAUUCCUAAAUUCUAGAGAGACAGAAUUCUUUUUCCUAUUGAAAUUAUUCUAUGUAAUUUUACAUAUUUUACGAGUCCUGUGAAUUCUUUCGCUUUCAUUAAAUUCAUUAAACAAAGCUAAUGAAAUUUCAAGACAUUUCAUAUAUACACACAUACACAUACACACACAUACGACAUAUUCGCAAGAGGUUUCUGCAAGUGUUGGAACACUUUCGUCAGCUACUGUUAGAAAGGACGUUCAAGUACCACACAUCACCCUAUUUCGUCGUUCGAUGAGAGAGGACAGACGAUCGAAUGUCCUACCAUUAUUCCGACUAAAGAUGCGUGUCACGCGCGCUCUACGUCAUUCUGUCGUGUCUAUUGAACCAUUGUCCUCGGGCCAGGUGAAGGACCGGUGAUCGAUCCGACGAUUUUGAUGCGAAGGGGCUAGUCAAGUGGCGCUCGCCAGACUCCUAAUUUCUCUUUUCCCUCUUCCCUGCGAUGUGUCCUACGUACCGCAGAAAAUUCUACGUCCUACGUUUCACAAUCUAACGAUGUUUCCGCGCGAGAGUACCCCCGCGGGACGAGGUAUUCGCGAACAGGAACACGCCUGUGUACCUACACGUUUGUUCAUAUCUUGCAGUGUGAGAGGGAGAGAGAGAGAGAGAGAGAGAAUUUUUCUUUCGGGAAAUGUGUAAUAAUCGAUGCGUAAUAAUCGAUCAAAUGUGACGAUAGAAGCUAGUUCUUAGUUUCAUUUGUCUCUGGGAAUUAUGUGGUGUUAUUGAUCCAUAGGCUGAUGUAUGGAUUGAUUGAAAAAUGAUUAUUGAAUGUUAUAGAAAAGCUUUAGAUAUUGUAAAA